AUGGAGCAGAGAAAGGCACGAGACUCACUUUCUUGUGAUCGAUGUCGUCACAAGAAACUGAAAUGCUCGAAAGAGCAUCCAACAUGCAGGAUCUGUGCUCAGAGUGGAUCGUCAUGUCACUACAGCGGCAAAAUAAUCAGAUCGCCCCUGACGAGAGCCUAUCUUACAAGCGUUGAGAAGAGACUGCAAGGGCUUGAGGCUCUUGUCGCCCAACUUCUUCCUGGGGUCAAUAUCGAUGAUGUGCUCAGUUCACCGGAACUGGCACAAACCCCUUCGCUUGUGACAGGGCCAUCCACACCUGACAUUUUACGUCCUUCAGUACUAUCGAGCCCGCAAGGCGACUCAAGUCCAGCUGUUGCAAGUGAUCCAGUCCUCCCGGAAGCCGUCCCUAACAGUGCGGAUGGAUUCAAUUGGCAGGAAGAGGAUGCCAACGUUGAUAGCCUCACCGAUGGCAUGGCCGCGCUCUCUGUUGAGCCUACUGGUGUCGGCUAUCUUGGCUCGACUUCUGGCGUCGUCUUCUUACGCUGCCUACUUGACUGGGCUGGCUUUCUUCAUCAGUCUCAUUCGCAACCACAGGAACGCCCAACUGAACGUUCUACGCUCCUAACUGGUGUGUUGGCAUCUGCACAAAUCUCUCACGCUGCAUUGACAAACCAGCUUGCAUCCACCUUGAUAGAUGCAUACUUUCAGGAGUAUCAUUGUGUCUACCCUUUUGUGCAUGAAGCAACCUUUCGUGCGCAGUAUCACGAGAUAGUGCCACGCCCACCAAAACGGUCUUGGGAUAUGCUCUAUCACACUAUUCUAGCAUUAGGUGCAUGGAGCCUCAACAACGAUCAAGUAGGUCUGGAAGACUAUCUAUACCGUCGCGCGCUCACUCUAGGACAACAUGAGUCCGUGUUUGAGACUGCCAACCUGACAUCGAUUCAAGCCCUGAUCUUGUUAAGUAAUCUGAGUCAAAAGAGAAACGCACCAAACACGGGAUGGAAUCUUCUUGGGCUUGCUGUUCGCAACGCUCUCAGCGUAGCACUGCAUAGAGAGCUACCGCACUGGAACAUCAGCCUGAUGGAACGUGAGAUCCGUCGUAGAGUCUGGUGGGGGUUAUAUAUUUUCGACAGUGGUGCUUCGACGACGUUCGGGAGAGCGAUAAUGCUUCCUGAUCAGGACUCCAUGAACGUGCAUGCCGUCUUAAACGUCAGCGAUGAGGCGCUCACGCCCCAAUCAUCUGAGCUCCCGAUCGAAUCCACAGAACCUACAUUGUACUCUGCGCUGAAAGCACAAAGCGAUCUGCACGUACAUACCAACCACAUCUCAAACAGGCUCCUCGCUGAUCCUGGGCUGUCUGCAGAGGCAGCACUAUCAAUCAGCACUUCCAUGGACGCAUGGUCACAGACGAUGCCUUCCUACUUCCAACUCGACCACCAGUCUCCUUGCCAACAUCGAUAUUACACAUUUGCGAGAUCUAGAUUGUGGUGGAGGGUUUGGAACCUCAAGAUCAUCGUAUUUCGCCACAUACUUCUUCGUCGCGCCAUUUCUGAAAGAGGCCAAAUUCCUGAUCCAGUGGCGCAGGCAAAACAAGAGGAGUGCACACGGUUAUGCAUCGAAGCUGCGAAUGCUACAGUUUCAUCUAUACACCAAUACGCUGUACAAGGUCUGACCAGACUGGAAGGUUGGUAUGCUACGUACUUCCUCUUCCAUGCAGCGCUAGUGAUGAGUUUGUGCAUCAUCAGCUUCCCCAAUUCGAUUGAGUUACCAAAUUGGCACCAAGCUGUCCGUUUGGCUAGAAGCACGUUCCGAGACCAUCUCGUUGAAGAUUCGCUUUCGGCCCGUUGCGUCGCUAUCCUGAACCAAAUCGUUACGAUCGAUGACAUCGAUGCCGGCACGUUUCAAGAUGUCCCACAUCUGGACCGUGACGCGUUGAGCAACUUCCCCUGGUCUAUUGAGUCGAGUGAACUCUUCAAUUCUUUCGACUGGGAUCUGACUUCCAGCGGCUUCUGA